UAAUUGUGAGCUUCUACGCCUUUGCUUCUUAGAUUCUCUCUCUCCCUCUGUCUCUCUCUCUACACUUAUUGAGAUUUCAUCUUCAGAUUAUGCAAGAAAAUCGAUUGACGGGUAUAUGCAAAUCGGUGAUGUUCAUUCGAAAUCAGUAUUCACAUAAGAUAUUUUGGCCUGUAAAAACGACUUCGGAUCAAUGUUCUUCCACUGUAGUUCACUGCUCACCCGGCAUGAAACUCCUUUUAUGUAACUUCUGACUUCUUCAACAGAAGGACAAGUGCUCAACGACCCACAUGGGAUUGGGUUUAAUCUGCACACAGAAAGACACGGAAUUUGAAGAAGCCGCAGCAACAAAAUUUUCUAAAUUUCUAUGGAUACACAAUUGGGUAUGAUUGAACAAUCCUUUAAUGUUCGAUACUCGCUUUGGGUCCGCGAAGCGCUCGACGAAUUGCCUGACUGUUUCACGAUCACUGAUCCUUGCAUUUCUGGGCACCCAAUUGUGUUCGCCUCUCGUGGGUUCUUGAAAAUGUCAGGGUAUUCCAGAGACGAAGUGAUUGGGAAGAAUGGGAGGAUAUUUCAGGGACCCAAGACGAAUCGGAGGACGGUGAUGGAGAUUCGGGAGGCCAUUCGAGAGGAGAGGACUGUACAAAUCAAUAUAUUGAAUUAUCGGAAAGAUGGGUCACCAUUUUGGAUGUUGUUUCAUAUGUGCCCUGUUUUCAGUAAGGAGGAUGGGAGGGUGAUUCAUUUUGUUGGAGUUCAGGUCCCGAUUUCGCAGAAACCGAGGCGGUUGAGCAGUGGGUUUGGGAGAAAUGGGGUGAGUUUGGGUGAGGAUGGGACUGGGUGGUCUUGUAGGAGGGAGGUGUGCUCGGAUUCUGUGGUGGAAUUGGGUCGCGUUUUGGCUAUGGAUUCAGUGUUGGAUUCAGAAGAUAGAGAAUUAGAGGUUGAUGAGCCGUGCAAGGCAAGUGAUUUAGAGAAGCGAAAAGCUGUGACUGCUAUUAACAACAUAUUUUCUGUGCUCACUCACUAUAGUGAGGUAACAGGCAGAUUAGUGUGUGGGAACAGAUGUUGCUUGUCUGGGAUGGGUCCUCUGUGUUCAUCAUUAAAUAUAUCUCUUGGUAGAAUCAAACAAAGCUUUGUAUUAACCGAUCCGCACUUACCUGACAUGCCCAUCGUUUAUGCAAGUGAUGCGUUCUUAAGAUUGACAGGCUAUGCUAGACAUGAAGUAUUGGGAUGCAAUUGUAGAUUCUUAGGCGGGGUGGAUACUGAUCCCUCAACUAUAUUUAAGAUAAAGGAAAGCGUACAAACUGAGCAACCAUGCACAGUACGUAUCUUAAACUACAGGAAGGACAAGAGUUCAUUUUGGAAUUUUCUUCAUAUUUCACCUGUUCGGGAUGCUUCUGGCAAGAUAGCAUAUUUUGUCGGGGUUCAGAUAGAUGAAAGUUGUAAGAAUAACGAUAAACAAGGGCUGAGCCCAAAGAUGAGGCAGCUUAGUGUCAUCGGUGCAGUUAAGGUUGCAGUAAGAAGUUCAUCAAUGGCUGCUGGAGCCUCCAAGUCGUAGUUUCUAUAUUCUUGGCUUUGAUUACUUGCUUUCUAUUUAAUAUCUUUGAUCUUUAGACAGUUAUAUAUUUCAUUUACAAUCUCACCUAGCAGUAGGUUGAAGGGUUAUCCACAAAAUUAGGUGGUUGUAGCUGGGUUGUUAAGCUCGCAUUAUUUAUGUAUAUAUAGUUUUAUUCUGUAAUUGAAACUGAACGCGGAUCAUCUACUAUCGGUUAUCCGGACAGUCCACGUUGAUGAUUAUUGAGAAUGUGUGCACGAUUGAAUCAUAAUUGUAUCUAUUACGCGAAUAGUCAAAGGGAGAUGAUUGUAGCAAUUGGUGUAGAACACAUUGAUCAUAUGGUAAAGCUAUUCUAAUUACUGGA